AUGUCCUUUACACUCUGGGUUAGAUAUAGUAAUAAUCAGCCAGUUAGUCUCGAAUUUGAGACAGGAAAUGUGGAUAAAUUGAAGGAUGUGGUCAAGCAUAAACUAACAAAGUUGAGGAUAUUGGAUAAUGAUAAUAUUAUUCUUCGAAAACACGAAGGUACUGUUGACUUAGAACCAGACGCGAUUGUGGAUGAAAGCUUUGGAAAUACUGCUAAGACACCCCUUCAAGUUUCUAUCACCGGUAGCCUUUGUGUUGGUCAACACGAGCGUGAAGAUAAGCCGAAGACUUUCCUCGUUCAAUCUUACAACAAUGAGGGUGAACCAUUGUUGGGGAAAUUUGAAAAAUAUACGAUGCUUAAAGAUAACGAAUAUUUAAUCUUUUUGAAAAGAGUCGAUGCAAAAGGACUACAACUUAUAUCUGACGACAAUGAGACACCAAUGGUUGUUACCUCUUUAAACUAUAUAAUACCAGGCGAAACCUAUCAAAUAAAUGCUCCCUAUCUAACAGCAAUCAAAAAGGAAGUUACCUGGUCGAAAGUCGAAGAUAAGGCAAUAGAGGAUGAAACGUUACUAGCAGUAAAAAACUUUGUCAACGAAAGGUUUAAGUUACCUGUAGAAAUAUUUCCUAUUCGAACAAUGUAUAAGAACAAUAAUCCGAUAAUGGAGUGGGACGGGAUUAUUGUUUGCGACAAUAAGGUGUUCUUACUCGAAUCAAAACACAAAAUGACGAAAGGACACAUAGAAAGCCUUGUCAAUCGAGUAAAUGAAUUCCCAAACAAGCUCGAAGCUACUGAUAGUGCGGAAUUCAAGCAAUUAUUUGGAAAAGAAUAUAUCGGCGUCGCCUGUAGUUCGUUAUUUCCUUUGGAGUUGAGGAGAAAGUCAAUGGAGGAAGGGCUAGUGGUUGUUUUUCCGAGCGGUAAUCGUUACAAAGUAGAAGCGCCGCAAGAAUUUAACCAAUCAACGCGAUUACGCUGUGGCGUUUGCUAA